GUGUCAGUGAGAGUAUACCAUCAACCAUGACAACGUUACAGUGCAAUUCUCUUCCUCUCAACAAACCUUGUCAUCCCAGAAGAAGACUCUUGCAACCCGUUUUCUCAUCCACCAGUUUUAUCUCUAGUCUUUGCACUAGUUCCACUGCAUUAAAGACUUCAACAUCAAGGUGGGUUUGGAAUGUUUCUGCUGUUGUGUCAGAAGAGAACACAGUUGGGUCCAGUUUCUCUUCAACUGAUGAUGAUGUCUUCAAACUGACAUAUUUAGAGGGAAAUAGUUGGCUGUGGAAUGUUGGUGGGGCAAACAUAUUGGUUGAUCCAAUUUUGGUGGGCAACUUGGAUUUUGGAAUUCCUUGGCUUUAUGAUGCUGCUAAGAAAGUGUUAAAGAAGUUCCAGCUCAGUGAUCUUCCAGAAAUCGACUGCUUACUCAUUACUCAAAGCCUUGAUGAUCACUGCCAUUUGAAGACCUUGAAGCCUUUCUCUCAGAAAUUUCCAAACACUAGAGUCAUAGCAACUCCUAAUGCCAAGGCCUUGUUGGAUCCUCUUUUCAGAAAUGUUACAUAUAUAGAGCCUGGACAGAGCUCUGAUAUUGAAACAAAUUAUGGUUCUAAGGUCAAUGUUAAGGCUACAGCAGGACCAGUUCUUGGACCUCCUUGGCAGCGCCCUGAGAAUGGGUAUCUUGUUAGAUCCCAACAAGGACAAUUGUCUCUCUACUAUGAACCCCACUGUGUAUAUAAUCAAAGUUUCAUUGAGAAGGAAAAGGCAGAUAUUGUGAUCACGCCAGUCAUAAAGCAGCUUUUGCCAAAGUUUACCUUGGUUUCAGGACAAGAAGAUGCAGUGAAACUUGCAAAGCUGCUUCGAGCCAAGUUCAUUGUGCCAAUGAAAAAUGGAGACCUUGAUAGCAAAGGGCUUCUUGCAAGCAUAGUUCAGACUGAAGGAACAGUAGAAUCAUUUAAGGAGCUUUUAUCGAAAGAGUUACCAGAUGCAAAGGUUGUAGAACCUACCCCUGGAGUAACAGUAGAAAUUUCAGCAAAUUAAAGCUGUAGCUCCUCUUUAUCCAUUUGCUCCUUCCCCGUUCAUCUUUCUUUGGGGGUCAAAUGGAACCAAAGUUUCUCCAAGAUGAAUAUACUUUAGUGUCAAGGGUGUAAAAGCACUUUUUGUAACAUCCUAGUAAUUACUUCUUCUACCAUAUACCAUGUGUACUAGUUUAAUUAUCCUUUUUCUCUGAUUAUGUCUUGCGUUGAAGGUAGAGCCUACUUGCUUAAUUGAAUAGGAUGAAAACUUGGCUUAUGAUAUGUGUAAAAAAUGUUAGAUUGCACAUCCUUGUGCACUGUACUCUUAUUAAUGCCGUAGCCUAGAUAUUAUUAUAUCAAUAUAUAAAGAAAAAGAGGAGAAAAUGAUAAUAGUAGUAAAAAUCCACAAAGUUGGCAAUGAAAUACUAAAAAUGAUUUGCUUGGAA